AUGUCACAAAUCGAAAGCUCAUUCAAAAACUCGUUACGAGGCUUUCAACUGUCAAGAGGCAACAAUAUAGCCUUACCUACAAAUGACACAGCAAAAUCAGCAUUCCAAUCUCUUCGUGAGUCUGCCUCGAAUACCUUUUCAAACGUCACAAAUACUGUUCAAGGUUAUAUUCCUAUUGGCAAUGUUGAAGAGGAAGAAGAACCAUGGUAUCAAUUAUCUCGAAUGGAGAGAGUCUUGGCUUUUGCACUUUGCUUGGCACUUGGUAUUGGCUGCUGUUGUUUGUCUUUCUUCUUUUUACCUUUAUUCUUGGGGAAGUUUGCAGCUACAUUCACAUUGGGCAGUGUCUUGAUUUUGGUGAGUGUGGCCUUAUUACGUGGUCCUUGGGCACACAUUAAACACAUGGUAUCAAUGGAACGAUUGCCGUUUACUGUAUCUUAUUUAGGCUCAGUAGCACUGACGUUAUACGCUGCAUUAAUUGCACGUAGUACGACACUAAUCAUCAUCUUUUCGGUCAUUCAGAUCAUUGCUCUGAUAUGGUAUGUUGGAUCUUAUAUCCCUGGAGGUGUAACAACGUUAAGAUACGGAACUUCAUAUAUCGGAAGACGUGCAGUCUCAGUUUUACCGAUUUAG